AGUUACUGCCCAGAGACCUGGAAAGAGAAGCUCGGUUUAGGGACAACCAUGGUAAUGGAUGAGGACAGCUUGAUGGUCUCCAUCAAGAAAGAUGCCUACGAAGUUCUUAAGAAAAGAAAGGACUGUCUAAGUAGUCUCAUUUACAAAAAGUUUGCUUGUACACUGACCUUCAAAAAUGCAAAUUGCACUGUUGAAGUAUACAGGAAACAACUGAAGGGAAUUGACAUUUGUGUUUGUAAGGAUGAUCUCACAAAACACGAGGUUGAUGCUUUGGUCAAUGCAGCCAAUGAAUAUCUAGAUCAUGGAGGAGGCCUUGCUUUCGCCCUUGUGAAUGCUGGAGGGCCAGUAAUACAAGAGCAAAGCAAGCUUCAUAUUCAGAGGCGUGGAAAACUCGCAACUAGUGACAUAGCAGUGACAGAUGGAGGGAAGCUUCCUUGUAAGAAAAUUAUUCAUACAGUUGGUCCAAAGUGGUUCGUUUAUGAAAAGGAAAGAUGUUGUGACCUACUUGAGAAAGCUAUUUUCAAUGUUCUGAGUUAUGCUAGUGCUCCAGAAAGUGCCAUAAAGUCUGUGGCUAUCCCAGCAGUGAGUUCAGGUAUUUAUGGCUUCCCAGUUGAUUUGUGUGCUCAAGUGAUUGUAAUGGCUAUAAAGCAGUUUGUUGAGGCAAGUCCACCAAGCUGUCUCAGGGAAAUCCGCCUGGUGAACAUUUGUGAGCCUACAGUUGCAGAAAUGAAGAAGGCCUGUGAAAAGUUUCUGGGUGAUACCAGUUCACUUCAGGAAACUCUUUCAGCUUCAGCAAACCAGCCUUUAGCUUUCAUCAAAUAUGGAGGCACUCGCUUGCGCAUCAUAAAAGGACUCCUUGAAGAGCAGAAGACUACAGCUAUUGUUAAUUCCGUGUCUUUGAAUGACGAGCCUCACUCUCCAGUUUCAAGAAGACUGCUGCAAAAAGCGGGUCCAGCUCUUCAGGAUGAACUUAAGACUCAUCUUAGAUAUUCUUCGUCUUAUAAGGAACUCAUCGCAACAAAAGGGCAUAAUCUGGCCUGUGAGCUCGUGCUGCACGUUGUAUGGCCGCAAUACCACCACAAGGUGUUGCUGUGUGAGGAGUUAAGAGCUGCAGUGACAAGAUGCCUGCUUUACAUUCAGGACUGGCAAUCAUCUCCCUCGGUUUCUUUUCCAGCAAAUGGGAUUUGGUCGUUAAUCCUGCCUGUUGAUUUAGUGGCAGAGAUCAUGACUGAAGAGGUUUUAAAUUUUGCCAGGGCACACCCUAAGAAGAAGAUAGAUGUGCAGUUUGUCUGUAGCCCAGAUGAAUACAAUGCCUAUGAGGUUUUCCAGAGAAAACUUUAUUCAGCAGCACAGAAACUGGAAAAAAAGCAAUCAGACAACAGAAGUGAUCAUUUGAGUAUAGAGUCAGGCAGUCAAAGAGUAAAAGAGCCUGCAAAUAAUGAACCAGCUAUUGAACUUAAAGGAAACACACGUACAGCAUUGGAAGCAGCAGAAUCGUGGAUCCAAAGUGUUGUACAGAUUCGUCACAAUCACAGUGCUGUUAUUGAAAACAACUACAUUUUUAGCCUCGGUAAAAACGAGUUUGCAGAACUCUCUCGGGAGCAGCGUUCGAGCGUGCGGGUAUCAGAAGUAGUGCGAGGAGGAAAAGCAAGACUGGAAUUUCAAGGGGCCCCUGAUGCUGUGAUUGAUGCAGUGCUCGCAACUGAAAAAUUACUGCUUCGUAUGCAAGAGAAGACUACAGCCAAACAGGUGGAACUGCUACAGUUACUAAGCGAACCAGAAGUGGGUCAGCUUCCAGAAGGACAACUUCUCAACACAGAUACUACUAAAUUCAUCCAGAUUACACCAGUGGAAUCACACCGCCAGGAGUUUAAAGACAGACAGAAACAGUUUGAAAAAGCUGGGCUUCAUGUUGUCAAGAUUGAAAAGAUACAUAAUCGUCUUUUAUCUGCUGCAUUCCAACACAUGAAAAAAAAAAUAGAAGAAAAACAAGGUACCUCCAAAAUAACCCACAAGUUGUACCAGCACGUGCCGGCUCAGUUCUGUAGCUCGGUGUGCCAAACUGGAUUUCACAGGAUGUAUUCUCCACCAUCAGCACAAAAAUAUGGAGCCGGCAUCUACUUUAAAAGGAACCCAAAAAGCCUCAUCGAGGGAAACGAUACGUGGGAAACAGACUCUAAAAUGUAUGUGUUUGAGGCUGAUGUAUUAACAGGCCUAUACACUAAAGGCAAGCCGUCUUAUAUUGUGCCACCAGCAGUGGAGGGGGAUGCCACUAAGGUAUAUGACAGCUUAGUAGAUGAUGUAAACAAUCCUGACACCUUUGUCAUUUGCAACAGCGUUGGGGCCCUUCCACAAUAUCUGUUGACUUGUUCCCAGCUGGGGGAGAGGUAUACGGCUGUCUGA